AUGGCUACGCCGCAAGAAAACGCCGCGACUAAUAACGAAGAAAACCCGAACGUGAGUUUUCCGAACAAAGGAGUAUCGGCGCCGACGGAAGUAUUUCGAGUCGGAGUUAAAGUGCCCCCAUUUUGGCCAGAGCGCCCAGCUCUGUGGUUCGCGCAACUCGAGGGCCAGUUUCUGCUAUCAGGAAUUAGCAAUGACACAACGAAAUUUUACACGACAUGCGGAAACCUAGAACACAAAUAUGCAGUGGAGGUGGCGGAUAUCAUCGAGAACCCGCCCAAAGAAAGGAAAUAUGAAACUUUAAAAUCCGAACUGAUUCGUCGCCUGACCGCCCCGCGCGAAGAAAAAAUCAAACAAUUCCUCAUGAGUGAGGACAUUGGCACACGAAAGCCGUCGCAAUUCUUGCGUCACCUGCAGCACCUCGCCGGUCCGAACAUACCAGAGGAGUUCAUUAGAACGACCUGGUACAACAGACUUCCUGUAUCCGUGCAACCGAUUAUAGCUUCGCAGGGCGACAUGCCUCUGGACAAGUUAGCGGAGUUGGCAGAUAAGAUAACGGCCAUCGCACAACCGACACUCCAGGUGGCAGCAGCAACACCUGGCAGCAGCAGCACACCAGCUAGUGACUCUAUGUGGUCGGCGAUGGAGGCGAUGGCAAGGCAGAUCGAGCAGCUGACCAAGCAGGUAGCAGAACUCAGCACACACCAGUCGCGACAACCACGUCGUAGAUUCGACAGGCAGAGAUACAGGUCACGUUCGAGAUCUCAAUCGAGGAGUAACGGUAUGUGCUAUUACCACAAUAAAUUUGGCAACAAGGCAUUUAAAUGCACCCGCCCCUGCUCGUUCACGGGAAAUGCCGACGGCAGUCAGUAG